CUCUCUCUCUCUCUCUCUCUCUCUCUCUCUCUCUCUCUCUCUCUCUCUCUCUCUCUCUCUCUCUCUCUCUCAACAUUCAUAGCUGAAAAACAAUAGAGAAUACAACCAUGAAGAAUCAACAAGAACAAGAACGGUCAUCUCCCUCUUUCACAAAACUCCUCAAUUCUCAUUUACAACCUCUAAACUAUCUCUCUCAUUUCUUCCUCUUUAACUUUGGUUUAGCCUUUGGAAUCAUAGUUAGUUUUCAUCUCAAAAGCUUUUCACUCAAUCUAAUAACAACCCAAUUCUCCUUCCAACCUUCCUCCUCACCACUACCACCAUCUCAUGGGUCCCACAGCGGCGAGCGCAUCGGACUCAAAGAUUACGUGGAGCCACGCAUCCUCAUGCACGAUAUGUCAGAUGAGGAGUUGCUCUGGAGAGCAUCAAUGGUCCCACGAGUGCCCGAUUUCCCAUUCAAACAUACACCUAAGGUUGCCUUCAUGUUCUUGACAAGGAGCCUACUGCCUAUGGCACCACUGUGGGAGAAAUUCUUCGAAGGGAAUGACGGAUUAUACUCAAUUUAUGUGCAUGCAUAUCCAUCUUUCAACCAAUCGGUGCCUGAAAAUUCAGUUUUUCAUGGACGAAGUAUCCCAAGCAAGGAAGUGCAAUGGGGAGAGUUCAGCAUGAUUGAAGCCGAACGCCGCCUACUAUCCAACGCUCUCCUCGACUUCUCUAACGAGCGUUUCGUCCUCCUCUCGGAGUCAUGCAUACCCCUCUUCAACUUCUCCACCAUCUAUUCUUACCUCACCAACUCUACCAAGACCUUUGUUGAGUCCUAUGAUGAUCUGGGCCCCAAUGGUCGUGGCCGCUAUAGCCGCCGCAUGAACCCGACCAUCUGGCCCGACCAAUGGCGGAAGGGCUCACAGUGGUUCGGGAUGGACCGCAGCCUCGCGAUCGAGAUAGUCGCCGAUCGAACAUACUACCCGGUCUUCCAGAAGCACUGCAAGCCCGCAUGCUAUGUGGAUGAGCACUACAUACCAACUUUUGUGAGCAUGAGGUUUGGAGAGAAGAAUUCAAACAGGGGUUUGACUUGGGUUGACUGGAGAAAGGGUGGGCCCCACCCGACCAGGUUCAGCAGGAACGAGGUGACCGUUGAUCUGCUGGAGUGGAUGAGGAGUGGUAGGGAGUGCGAGUACAAUGGGGAGAAGACUAGGAUUUGCUUCUUGUUUUCAAGGAAGUUCUUGCCCAAUGCUUUGGACAGGUUGAUGAGAUUUGCACCCAAGGUCAUGGGCUUCACUUGAAUUCAAGUAAAAAAAUAUAAGAAAAAA